AUGCCUCUAGAACCGAACGAGAAGGAGCCCGUCAAUCUCCUGGCCCUUGAUGGCGGUGGUGUUCGAGGAGUGUCUUCACUGCUCAUCCUACACAAGAUUAUGGUGCAGAUCCAGAUAAACUAUGGCCUUGCCGAGGUUCCAAAGCCCUGCGAAGUUUUCCACAUGAUUGCUGGAACAAGCACCGGAGGUCUCAUCGCAAUUAUGCUUGGAAGGCUUCGGAUGUCGACGGAAGAGGCCCUGAAGGAAUACGACCAGUGCGCCUCAAAGAUUUUCUCGUUCAAGAACAGGAAGAAACUGGGCAUUUCGUCUAGAUACCGAGCCAGGGCUCUCCGAAGAGUGAUCGAAGACCUUGUCAAACGCCGUGACAUGGGAGAACUGAUGCGAGACCCCGAAUGCCCCGAGAAGGGGAAGUGUUUCGUUUGUGUUAUGCCUUCGGCGCGUAUCGCCGAGCCGAGGCUGGUUCACUCCUUCAAAACAGACGCAGGCUCUCUUGAAGACAAUUGGGAUGAACACAUCACCAUUUGGCAAGCAGCGCGGGCUACCACGGCGGCGUCUACCUUCUUCAAACCUCAAAGACUAGGUCUUGGGCCGGACUCGGGUCUUUUCAUCGAUGCUGCAAUUGGCGCCAAUAACCCUAUCGGCUAUCUCUUGAAAGAGGCUGUCGAGGAGUUUGGGUCCGCACGGCGACUUGGCUGCAUCGUUAGCAUCGGCACAGGCACUCGGAAUAUAAAGCUGCGCGGUGAUCUCACGGGUCCCCGUUACGUUAUCGAGCUGCUCAAGACACUGAAAAACAACGCCACUGACGGCGAGAAAACUCAUCGUGAGCUCGAAGAGAGACUGGCUGGUUUCCCUGACGUGUAUUUCCGCUUCAAUGUUCCCCAAGCAGCUGAGACAGUCGGUCUGGACAAGUACAAGAAAAUGCCGCGACUGAAGGAUAUGACAACCAAGUACCUCUCCGAGGAGCUGAUCGCCAGCCGGGUGGAGCGGGUAGCAGGCAGGUUGAAAACCGACACACUCCAUGGCCUUACCCUCGGUCUCAUAUACGGUCUCGACAAAAACCAAAUGUAUCUGUCGAACAUCGCCCAGGAGAUGGGAGUACCCAGCAACUUCUUCACCGGGAGGCAAGAUAUCCUCGAGAAACUUGAUUCAUUCUUCUCUCCACGUGACACGGAACAGAAACCGCGUAGGGAGUUCCUGUUGCAUGGCAUGGGUGGUGUUGGGAAGACAGAGAUCGCACUGAAAACUGCAGAGAAUCUCGAGAAAAGAUUCGAGUAUAUAUUUUAUAUCCACGCCUCUUCGGCCGCCACAAUCGCGCAAAGCUAUGCCGACAUUGCAUCCACCUACGGUUUAGGCGGCGGAACAGUCGAAGAACUCCGCAACAAGGCUAUGCGGUGGAUAGAAGGGCUGCCAGCCGAGUGGCUCAUGAUAUUCGACAACUGGGCUCUGUCUGAGCGACGAGGCCACAUCCCGGGCCGUAACAAGGGCAACAUCAUCUACACAUCACGAUCGUCCGAGUUGUGUAAGGAUCUGCCCUCGGAAUGCGUGUACGAAGUAACGCCAUUCGGCGAGGCAGAUGCUGUUAAUCUUCUAUUGAGGGCCUCGGACACCAACGCCGAGACUCCUGAAGACAGAGUCCUGGCUGAGGCCAUUGUCCAGGAGCUCGGCUAUCUACCACUUGCCAUUGGCAACGCGGCGGCAUCAAUAAAGGAAUCCAGAUACCCGCUGCACAAGUACCUUAAGAGGAUCCGUGACGAGAAGGUUAGCAUCCGCUCUAAUCCCCGCUUCGGAAAAGAAAAAGAAAAAGUUGAGAAUUGGACAGUUUAUGCGUCGUUAGAACUGUCUUAUGAGGACAUCAUAAACCGCAGACGUCAGGCUGGGAGAGACGGUCCCGGUUUGGCCGCAAUCGCCGCCUUAAAAGUCUUGAACCUGCUCUGCUUCUACCACCCCACAUCAAUCAAACUAGCGAUACUAGGAAACGCAGCCCACGAGUACCAUAAGUUUGUGCGCCCGGACCUGAGCUCACUCGUCCGGCCGAAUGAUCCGGACUUGGAUCGACUGGUGGGGCUGACUGUUGACGGUCUAUGGAGUGGCCGAUUUAUAACGUCUGGGCUUAAUCUUUUGAGGAAGUUUCACCUCGUCAAGGUGGACAAUGACUUCCAGACGAUUUCGAUGCACGACCUAAUUCAUGCAUGGGCCCGGCAUCGGAUGGAGAAUGAAGCCGUUUCGAAAUGGGGCCUUGUAGCGAAGGUCUUGCUCAUUGAGUCGAUUCCAGUGGAGGAUCCUCUCAAAUCCAAUACACUGCUUGUUCAGAGAUAUACCCGAAGCUUGCAACCGCAUUUCGACAUGUGCCUAAAGAACAGCGAGCCGCCGCGGAUUCCAUUUUGCCCAGAGUACGAAUCUUUCUUGCUGGGGAAACUAGCCUUAUACUACCGCACCGAACACGAUUUUGAGAAGGCCAAGAAGUGUUUGUUGGAACGCCUUCACAUUGAGAAGAUGCAGUGCAUGGGCAAUAUUAUUGUUGUUAUUACCUUGAUCGAACUGGGACAGCUCAAUCAUGAAAUGGGAUGCCUGGGCGAAGCUGAGCUCAUGUUCUUGACAGCCAUUGAGAUUCUCCGUUGGGAAUACGAGCGGGUCACGGACGGCGAACGAGUGUCUCGACUCAAGAACCGAUUCCUGAGGGUAUGCGCCAAUCACAUUCCGAGUCUGACGCAAACUUUAUCGAUGCAUGCUAGGAUCUCAGGCGGUGUCUUAUUCGAGUCUGUCUCAGAUUCCCCCAAGGAGAGCCUGAAAGGCAAGGAACGGGCUGCGUCAAUGGAAAGUCAGAAUCCCCUAGACAUCCCCGAGAACUACAUCGCCAUGAGCAACUUCAUCCACGGGGAGCUGGGGCGGGUGUAUAUGGAUCAGGGCAGAUAUGGCAUGGGCCGGCGCAUGCUGUGCCAGGCCGUGGAAAACCUCGGAAGGUUUCUUGACUACACGGACCCCCGGUAUUUGAGGCUCUUGGUUUAUGCUCGAUGUGAGACCGAUUACGACAAUGUCGAGUUCUGGGGGGAAUACCUAAAGAAGCUGUUGGAAGCCGCGCCUAACGAGGAGCUCACUCGCGAAGGGACAAAGCCGACUAUGUCUAUUCACGCGAGUCCAGCGCUUUGCGAAGGUCAGAUUGCUCAGGCAUUCUCUAUAGUCGCUAAAUAUCCAGAGUAUUGGGAGAUGGCAUUUGAUUUGCUAGAAAAGUUCUAUCCCUUUUUCACAAAGUCCUAUGGUAUCAACCAUUGUAUCGUUCUGAAGACAAUGCGGCAUCAGGUCCACUGUCUUAUCGAAGGGUUGCAGUAUGACAGGGCGGUCGAUCUUGCCAAACGUUGUCUUGAACGGGCCAAAGAAGGCUAUGGCGAGUUUCACAUGGAGACAUUCAAAGCUCAGGAGAUCCUAUCCCGUGCUCUUUUCUAUCAGAGGAUGGGGGCAGACGAGGAGAACUGUGCUAUUUUACAAGAGGCGUUCGAGAAAUCUGCCGUGAGCCUUGGAUUGACCCAUCCAACAACCAAACAGAUACAGCGCCGGCUGAAGCGCUUUCUAGAUGGUCAGGAAUCGAUCACAAGAGCGGUACGUGAGGACCACUACCAACAGGAGUUCGAGGAAAGUGUCAUUAGCCUUGGACCAAACCAUCCAACAACUAGACUGCUUCAACGGAUGUUGGAUAGUAUGUCCAACCCAGCUUCGGAGGAUAUGACGCGGCCGGAGACCCUUAGGGAGCUCAAUAAAGAGAUCCUCGCGGAGUGCAUCUUGGGUUGGCACAAGUUUAAGCAGCAGCUAGCAGAGAUUAGGGCCGCAGAAAGGCCAAACCGUCAGCUGCUCCAUGUAUUCACACAUUUGGUGGGAAACGGGCCGCCAAGGUCGCCGGCAGAGAAUCUUGAACGGUAUCGGGCUGCUUUUGGGCCAAAUGACCAACAAGUCAAAUGGCUGGAGAAGAUUUAUGAGGAGCGGCUGGCGGUUGAGGCGCGGAUUGCAAGGGACGGAUGGUGGCCCUCAAGAAAAUUUUGGGAAGCCCGAAGUCUGGGUGAAGAGGGCGCACAGGUGCGCCCCGUCCAGGCGACGAAGAUGACAGCAGUGAGCUCUAUGACGGCGAAACGGAGGAAGGCUAGUGAUGUGGGACUGGAUCAUGUCGGUAUUGCGGUCGGUUCUCAAGAGUCGCUCCCGGAAGAGAUUGUCGACGAUAACGAGCUUGGAGAAGACAUUGCUGGAGAAAAGGCAACACAGGCGAUAGCAUCUGCAGUGGCUGGCGAGCUCGUGGGUGAGUCAAGUGGGACACAACGCUGA